AUGUCGACCACCACGACGCCCAAAAAUCUGCUGCUUGGAGCGUCUAACUAUGAUCCACGGCUACGAUCGUAUUUAAAGCCUCAGCGCUUUAAGCUUGUGGAGAACUCUUUGCGACUGGACAGCACCCUUAACCAGAUGAGUCCAUUGAUGACUCGAUUAGACCUGAGAGAGCCUGAACGCUUUGAGACUACUGCCAGUGACUUUGGAAAAACGGUAAAAGAGGAUUGCAAAUUUGCGCCGCAAAAUGUGCGUCAAGUGCUGCGGUUUCAAAGCUUUUACAUCGAGAGCGUUGACGAGAGCAACUUGGAAGUAGUCCGAUUACGCAAGAAUACUAUUUUGUUUUACUUGCACGAUGAAACGUUUGAGAUUAUUGAGCCUCGAGUUCAAAACAGCGGUAUACCACAGGGAACGUUUCUUAAACGCUGCCAACUUCGUCACCCAGGCGGUGAGCUGUACUCAUCUUCUGAUUUACGUAUAGGCUUUGACCUGCAUGUAUUUGGACGCUGUUUCAAGCUGUACGACUGUGACGAGUUCACGAGAGAGUAUUAUGCUCGGAAUGGUCAAGAUGUUGGCUCACCGCUUUCUUUGCCAAAAGACGAGUAUACGAUCACUCGUGACCAAAUCACACGGAUGUGCGGUGGGGACUCCGAGCAUUUUUACGGAAAGCAGCGCUAUCCACUGAAGACGUACAUGGAAGCAUCAUUAGGCAACCCCAUUCGUUCACGUUUGCAGUCGGAGAAGAAGCGCAAGUUUUUGGCCAACAACAGCAAAGUGUUGUGCUUCCAUUGUGAGUACGACGCGCGCGAUCAACUCGACGGUGAACUUAUGUCGUACACGCUCAACUACUUUCUCGAAGACGACACGAUGGAGUUUAAAGAAGUAAUGUGCUCCAACAAUGGCCGCGAUCCGUUUCCCCUACUGCUUCGUCGUGCUCGGCUUCUUAAAAAUUGGCAUCAGCACUUAACGGACGAGCAAGACCGCGGUGUCGAAGAACCUUCUCGUGCAGAGAAUUACUACGGGGAGGCGGACUUGUACGUGGGUGCGGUGCUUAACGUCUUUGGUAGAUCAAUGCGUCUUGUAGACGCAGACAAGUACACACGCGACUAUUAUGAGAUGGCUUGGGGCCGCGUACUGGAGCCUGCGAUGCCUACAAAGGCUGACAACGUUGCAAUCUGCAAACCAGAGCCAGCACCGUAUAACGGUUAUGGCACAGAGGAGGACUCACUGGGAUCGUGUUAUUCGCUACGCCCUAAGGCACCACGCAAAGAUUUCAAGAAGAUGGCCGAGUUUGACCGCAUGCUGCUGCGAUUUCGCGCGCGAAUCAUCUCAAGCCGCAAAGAGCAGCAGCAGCGUCGCUUUAUUGUUUCAUACUUUUUGACGGAUGAUACGAUUUCGGUAUAUGAGCCGGAGCUAAGGAACUCAGGUAUUGUGAACGGCAAGUUUCUCGAGCGUGGCGCGUAUAAGAACCGGGAAGGCGUGCGCUAUAGCCUCAUACACUUGGUGGAAGGUGCGGAGCUUGUUUUGAACUCCCAUCGCUUCCAGUUGCUUGACUCUGACGAGUACACCAAGAAAUUUCUCGCUUCGUAA